AUUGGACCAGAAAAUACAGAUCUUUACUAACAUAUUCACCACAUCUGAUGAUGAGCUAAUUUAGACCAGCCGAAAUAAUUGUUCCACAGGAACACAGGACUUCAACCUCAGUUCAGAAAAUCCCUGACAUCUGACGUAGGAGGAUUUAUAGGUUUAGUGGAAAUUGCUUUCUCCUGCUCUCCAGAUUACAUACUGUGGCUUGAUUUUUUUUUUUUUUUGCAUGAGUAAACAUCCUUGGAAUUAAUGAACAGACCAAUAAUGUCUUAAAAGAGAAAAGAACAUCAUUUUCCUUUUUGCUGUUUUUUGAGAGAACCAUUUGCAUUUGGAAACCCAUACUGGCUGUCCAGAAUAUGAAAGUUGGAGUCUUCAUUUUGUGGUGGGGAUGGGUUUGGGCCACUGAAAGCAAAGUGCAUGGACGAGGAGGAGAAGUACACGAGAUGUCUAAGAAAGGCAGCCCAAUUCUGAAGCGAAGCCCUGAUAUCACCAAAUCGCCACUGACCAAGUCAGAGCAGCUUCUGAGGAUAGACGACCAUGAUUUCAGCAUGAGGCCCGGCUUUGGAGGUCCGGCCAUUCCUGUGGGUGUGGAUGUGCAGGUGGAGAGCCUGGACAGCAUCUCAGAAGUCGACAUGGACUUCACGAUGACCCUCUACCUGAGACACUACUGGAAGGACGAGAGGCUGUCCUUCCCGAGCACCAACAACCUCAGCAUGACGUUUGACGGCCGGCUAGUGAAGAAGAUCUGGGUCCCAGACAUGUUUUUCGUGCACUCCAAGCGUUCCUUCAUCCACGACACCACCACGGACAACGUCAUGCUGCGGGUGCAGCCCGACGGGACCGUGCUCUACAGCCUGCGGGUUACAGUGACUGCAAUGUGCAACAUGGACUUCAGCCGAUUUCCCCUGGACACACAAACGUGCUCCCUUGAGAUUGAAAGCUAUGCCUACACGGAGGAUGACCUCAUGCUGUACUGGAAAAAGGGCAAUGACUCCUUAAAGACUGAUGAGCGGAUCUCGCUCUCCCAGUUCCUCAUUCAAGAAUUCCACACCACCACUAAACUGGCCUUCUACAGCAGUACAGGCUGGUACAACCGUCUGUACAUUAACUUCACGUUGCGACGCCACAUCUUCUUUUUCUUGCUCCAAACUUACUUUCCGGCCACCCUGAUGGUCAUGCUGUCCUGGGUCUCCUUCUGGAUCGACCGCAGAGCUGUGCCCGCCAGAGUCCCUUUAGGUAUCACCACCGUGCUGACCAUGUCCACCAUCAUCACGGGUGUGAACGCCUCCAUGCCCCGCGUCUCCUACAUCAAGGCGGUGGACAUCUACCUGUGGGUCAGCUUCGUGUUCGUGUUCCUGUCAGUGCUGGAGUACGCAGCCGUCAACUACCUGACCACGGUGCAGGAGCGCAAGGAGCGCAAGCUGCGCGAGAAGCUUCCUUGCACCUGUGGAAUACCCCAGCCUCGAGGCGUCAUGCUGGAGGGCAGCUACAGCGACGGGGAGGUUAAUGACCUGGGCAGCUACAUACCGGAGAACGGAGAAAAGCCGGACAAGAUGAUGGUGCAGCUGACCUUGGCCUCAGAAAGGAGCUCCCCGCAGAGGAAAAGCCAGAGGAGCAGCUACGUGAGCAUGAGGAUUGACACCCAUGCCAUUGACAAAUACUCCAGGAUAAUUUUUCCAGCGGCAUAUAUUUUAUUCAAUUUAAUAUACUGGUCUAUUUUCUCAUAAAUGUCUGUAACUCUGUAAAUUUCACCUUCUUCUGUAUGUGUCACAGAAAUACCUGUGUGAUGGAAGUAAUUUAAGGUUAUGAGGCAAUUAAAGUUCCCACUAUCCACCCUUCUCCUGCUUUCCAAAACUACAUAGACAACCUAUUUACUGCUUUAAUUUGCACUCA